AGGAGGAGGAGGAGAACGUUGAUAAAAUUUGCGCCGACUUUCGACCGGACAAACGUUACGACGUUACCUUUCGGCUCUGACUUUCGGUUGACUGGUUCAGGACGGCGAGUACGAUGCCCCUCCUUCCUCCCCCCUCCGUCAAGUCGGCCAAGGCAACCAAGGCCGUGCCAGAUAUCGCAGAUCUGAGAUCCAGCCCGCUGAUCACGGACAAGUCUUCCCUCCGAGAGGAUGAAGCUCCGGGACUACCAGCGGAUGAUCUUCGUUGCCCUGUUCCUGGGCUACGCCUGCUACAGCUACAACCGCAAGAGCGUGUCCUUCGCGCUGCCCGCACUGACGGCGGAAGGACUGAGCAAAGAGCAGGCAGGUACGAUGAUGAGUGCCCAGAACCUGGCCUAUGCCGGCAGCAAGUUCACGUGCGGGGUGCUUGCGGACCGACUUAGCACUCGGUUGCUGUUUGGCGUGGGACUGGUGCUGAGUGGUCUGGUCACCUUGGGCUUCAGCGCAACUUCAGUGUCUUCCCUGGCGGGUUACCUGGUGUCCAUCCUCUGGUGCCUUAACGGCAUUGCCCAGGGCUGUGGCUGGCCAGCCCUUGUCAAGCUGCUCCAGCAGUGGUUCCCUCCUUCUUCCUUUGGAACGUCAUACGGUAUCCUGGCUGCCUCGUCCAACAUCUCCCUGAGCCUUGCGCCAAUGCUCGCCUCUUUCCUGAUCCUGAACUACGACUGGCGUGUUAGUCUCCUGGUCGCAGGUGCCCUACCCAUAGUUGCGGGGCUUGCUUCUAGGUUGGCACUGGUGGACAAGCCCACUGACGUUGGCCUCCAGGCUGUCGUGGAAGAUGCUCGGCAAGGUGAGGACAACCGUAGCUUGGCAACUGUGAUGGAUCUGGUAAAAAGUCCAUUCAUCUGGCUGAUGUCCCUGGGCUACUUGACAGCCUUUGGCGCCAAGACUGGUGCAGUCGACUGGGGCCAGCUGUACCUCAUACAAGACCUCGGCCAUUCUCAGUUUGCUGCGAGUGCCCUCAUGAGCUGCAUAGAGGCUGGAGGACUCUUGGGAGGCAUCUUGGCAGGAUACCUGACAGACAAGAAAGUGCGCACGAGUGAUUCGUCGCGGAGCAGCCCAAGGGUUCCACUGGCUGUGCUCUUCACGGCGUGCUCUGCGGUAGCCUUUCAUCUGCUGGGCUUCAACGUCGGUCGGGAAUCCUCGGAGUGGUGGAUUGGUGCCAUCGGGCUGGUCCUCGGGGUGGGCACAUACGGCCCAAUGGCCAUCUUCGGUGUCGUCGCUUCCGAGUCUGCUCCUGCGCACCUCGCGAGCACGUCGCACGCCAUCGUCGCCCUGGCUGGCGGUGUAGGUGGAGUCCUUGCGGGGCUGCCGUUCAGCAUCAUCGCAGAGUACUACCAGUGGCGAGGAGUGUUUCUGCUUUUGGAAGUUGUCAGCGCAGUCACGGCAGUGCUGCUCUUUCUCGGAAGGAAUCUGAACUCGAGGUUGGGAAGCAGGUCGGAGAACGCAGAAAUGCUGCCAGGGGUGGCACCACCUGAGGCUGCGUGAUGUUGUCCUUCACAGGAUUGUUUUUCGUUGAAUAGGUGAUAAAUCCCUUACUUUUAGUUCUAUGAGGAAUGUAUAAUUGUUAUUGUUUUUGUUGUAUGGAUGAACCAAUGUGUGCAAAACAAAAAUACAGUGCACUGAGGGCUGUUGGUAUAUACCAGGGGUGGCGAGGCAGACCCCUCCUAAGAGCCGCAAACGAAAGCACGACUUUUGUUCAGAGCAAUAAACGAACGAACUCGAACUACAUUCAAUCUAUCCGAGCCAAAAGCAGUCAAUCUGUACGUAAGAUAGCAGUAGCACGUGAGACUACCAACCCGCAACCUGUCUUUCGAUUUAAGACGUGUUCCAUUUCUCUUUUUGGGGAAGUACUCGUGUGACCGGAAAGGAGGUGGGGUAGGGGAGGGAGCCGUGAGCCGCACUUUAACACGUGAAGAGCCGCAGCUUGGCCACCCCUGGUAUAUACCAUAGAGUGUACACUUUGAGGUGCACUGGAUUGGGAAGAGGAGAGAUUAAAGGUAUAAAAAAGUCGAGAAAAGAAAAGAAGGAAAUGGUUGCAGAAUGGGCCUUAUUACUGUCUCUUAUGACUUUUUUCUUUGAUCACUGUUCAAGAGAUGGGAAAAAGGUGUCUGCAGGUCAGACAGUUCGGUUGCAGCAGGAGAGGUAGACGAGCCCAAGUGCUGAACCAAACUCAGACCUGUGCUAGCCUAAAUACUCUAUUCAAGUUACUCUAUCCUAAAUACUCUUUGGUGUAUCAUAUUUUUCAGACUAUAGCCCACAUCUACUGCAUUCUUAGAAGUUGAAAUUUUAUGCAGUGCAGACUAUGCAAGGGGAUUUGUAUUUUCAAGUACGUGUAUUAUGAUGAGACAUGACGAAUUUUGUGAAGGACAGAUUAUGUCAACAGUGGUUCCUAUCUGGUACAAGCUUUUUUCUGUGCUAAUAAAGCAUGCAAUUUUC